AGAGGAUUGGCAGACAGCGCCCCAGGUCAUGACAUCAUUGUUAUUUCAGGAAGUGAUGUAAGGGUGAUGCUUUGUUCCUUCCAGUCCCACUAUACCACUGUUGGGGACUCACCAGGCAAAGAAAGUGUACAUCAACUUGACUCCUGUAAUGCGUUUUAUGUGGGGCCGCCCUUGAAUUUGUUCUGCAAUCUGCAGCCAGUGUAAAAAGCUGCUGCAUGGUUGUUCUCUGGGUCAGCCUAUUGACAACAUGUGACACCUCUGUUGAAAACAUUGCACUGGCUGCCACUUUGCUACUGGCUGGCUGUUACACACACACACACACACACCCCUAACAGAGUAGCCUAAAUCGCUAGGGCUGGAUCUGAGUCAUCAGGCUAAUUCAGCUCUGGAAAUAAGAGAGACCUAACAUAUCAUGUGAAGCCAGCUGCUGCAAACCUCCAGGAAGGGAGACAAAAGGUGCGACUUAAGACUGGGAUAGUGGCACCUCUCCAUCCAGCAAUUGCCACUGGAAACACCUGCAUAUUUGGCAAAUAAAUUCGUAUGUGUAUUCUUGGAGACUCAGAAGGCGGAACCUCUGGGGUUCUGUCUGUGCCACUGGCUCCCUGGGCUAGUCCAUGACUACCACCACGCCCUUGGCAGCCUCCAUCUCGCUUCUACCCUCUUUGUCUAACAUCAGUGCAGACCCUGUCAGAUGCUUCAGAGUUCCAAGAGAAAUCUGUGUGCAGUACAGCAGGAAGAGGAUAGUGCUCAAUCCUGGGACUCCAAGAAGCUCUCUUGGUCACUCUCAGUCCUCAUUAUCUGUCUACCUGUUACUUAGUUGUUGCGUUUGUGGAGAUUGUCGGGGUUUCUUUUCCUGGAUCCAUCACUAUAUUGAGACAUAAGGGAUUGGCCACUGGUGCACAGAAGUUACCCUUUGUCUCGGAGGACAUUCAAAAUAGUGCUAGUCCAGUGAAUUCUCCCAACAGCUAUAUAGAAGCCAUGAAAAAUCAAGGAAGUUGCCACGGUGGCUGAAGUACCCAAGAGGAAUUCUGAACUUUUGCCUCUUCUCUUCUCGACUGGAAUGAAGACCAGCAGCAGACAAACAAGUUGCACAACUUCAAAGUGGGUGUUGUCUCUCACCAAAAGUUAUAUAACAUCUUCCACUCUAGCUGGAUAGGCACUUUCUCUUCUGUGCAGGUCAGGAACGCAUUGCUUGGAGAGCACCGCACAGCACACCACCUCCAACCUCCCAAUGGAUCUCCUGGGAGCAAUGGCACUUUUCUUGGUCAUCUGCCUCUCCUGCCUGAUGGUCCUCUCAACAUGGCACCAGAUGCACCGCAAAAGCAAGAUGCCCCCUGGACCAACUCCCCUCCCCUUGAUUGGGAACUUUCUCCAAGUCAACACAAGUGAUAUGUACCGGUCGCUCAUGAAGAUCGGUGAGAAAUAUGGUUCUGUCUACACCAUCCACUUAGGACCUCGCCGGAUUGUGGUGCUGUGCGGAUACGAUGCAGUGAAAGAGGCCCUGGUGGAUCAGGGUGAAGAGUUUAGUGGCCGUGGGGAGCAAGGCACAUUUGACUGGAUUUUCCAGGGUUACGGGGUCGCCUUCAGUAACGGGGAGCGGGCCAAACAGCUGCGCAGAUUCUCCAUCAUGACCCUGCGGAAUUUUGGGAUGGGAAGGAGAUCCAUUGAAGAGCGGAUUGUGGAGGAGGCUCAUUUCCUGCUGGAAUCCCUGCGGGGCACAAAAGGUGUGCCCUUUGACCCCACCUACUUUCUGAGCCGCUCAGUCUCCAAUGUCAUCAGCUCCAUCGCCUUUGGCAACCGCUUUGAAUAUGAGGAUAAGGAGUUCCUGUCCUUGCUGAGCAUGAUCAAUGAAAGCUUCCGGUUCACAGCCACCGCUUGGGGGCAGCUCUACGACAUGUUCUCAAAUGUCAUGCAGUACCUGCCUGGCCCACAACAUGAAGCCUUCAAGAAGCUUUUGGGCCUGGAGGAGUUCAUCACAAGGAAGGUAAAGGUCAACCAGGAGACCCUGGACCCCAACUCCCCUCGGGAUUUCAUUGACUGCUUCCUGGUGAAAAUGCAGCAGGAGAAAGAAAACCCCAACUCAGAGUUCUCCCUAAAGAAUCUGGUUAUGACAACACUCAACAUCUUCUUUGCUGGCACAGAGACCGUCAGCACCACCUUGCGCUAUGGCUUCCUGCUUCUGCUGAAAUACCCGGAGAUCGAAGAGAAGGUCCACAAGGAGAUUGACCGUGUGAUUGGCCAGAAUCGCUCUCCCAACAUGGAUGAUCAGACCCAGAUGCCUUACACAGAAGCUGUGAUCCAUGAGAUCCAGAGAUUUUCUGACAUGAUCCCCAUGGGAUUAGCACGACGUGUGACCCGUGAUACCCAGUUCCGGGGAUACACCAUUCCCAAGGGGACUGAAGUGUUUCCCGUGCUGGGAUCCGUGCUGAGAGACCGCAAACAUUUUGCAAGACCUGAAGUGUUUGACCCCCAGCACUUCCUGGAUGCGAACGGGCAGUUCAAGAAGAACGAAGCCUUUAUGCCAUUCUCCAUUGGGAAACGCUAUUGCUUUGGGGAGCGGCUGGCCCGGAUGGAACUCUUCCUUUUCUUCACCAGCAUCCUGCAGAACUUCCGCUUCAAGUCUCUCAUCCCACCGGAAGAAAUCGACAUCUCCCCCAUGCUGGUUGGGUUUGCCACCAUCCCACGUUUCUAUGACAUCUCUGUCAUCCCCCGCUGACGGGGGGCAGGCGGCUUGUAAAGUAGAGCCCCACCAUCAUCACCAGACCUAGCCAGUAGCGUAGUGGCAAAUUCAGAAGUGCAGGAUCCCUUCAUGAUAGUCACAGCCACUAGGGUUGCCAGGUCCAUGGCCUGAGACUGAUCCUGUAUCUUUAGGAGAAGAGAAAGUCAGCCAAGGGCAGGUGUUCUUGGGAAGCUGAGCCUGGCAGCCAAGAGGUCUUUUGUAUCUUUAAAAGUUGUGCAGGCUGACUUUCUCUUCUUCUGAAGAUACAGGAUCAGUCUCAGGGCAUGAACCUGGCAACCCUAACAGCCACCCUUUUUUGUUGCUGGGCUGAGAAUGAGACCCUUGUUAAUGCCUUCUCCCACCACAACAGACAUCUUUAGCAGCCAAUCAGCAUGAAAGGGGGGGUAGUGUUAGCUACUGAGAAGAGUAUUCUCAGUGGCUGACUCACCUCCUUUCACCGUGAUUGGUUGCAAUCAGCAGGAAAGGACAUGUCAGAAGCAUGUUAGAAGGCUCUUCUCAGUGACUAACACAUUCCCCUUUCAUGCUGAUUGGCUUGUAGGAUGUUGGAGACAUAGGGACUCUGCUCUCAAAAAAGUAUGACUUGGCCAUCCAAAAGACAAGAAAGGGAGGGGUAUUCUUGAGCAAUUAAGAUUGUCAGAAUAGAUCAAUCUCCCUUUCCAAAUUCUUUGGUUUGGAGGUCUGUUGUCUCUGUUUCCAUUUGUAACCGUUCCCUCUUCUGCAGUGCUUUUUGGAAGGAAUAGAUACGGGAAAUGUUACAGCAAGUCCCUGUCUCUCAUCCCCUACCUUCCCUGCCCCCUUUCUCUUAGGCCCCAUGAAUGGGCCCCUUCACCACCACCCCCAGCCACCUUCCCAGCUCUCAGCCUCCCUUCCUGCCUCUAGGCCAGCUCUGAAGCUCCUUCCACCUAGUGCUCUUUUUCUUCCACCUCACUUUUGUGUGGGUGGUUCUUCCCCUUGUGACCUGUUUGCCAGCUGACACUUUAACUGUGAGCAGACUGGGAAUGAUGGUUUACCCUGCAUGAUGUGAGGAAAUCAGUGAUUCUCUCCUUCCUCUAACAAUCUUUGGAAAGGCGGUUGGGAUUUUGGGGAAAGUUGUUGCAAAUUUGAAGGGUAACUCUUUAUAAUCUAGUUUUUGACUUUCUGGUUUAAAUCUUUUUGUGGAAAACAGAGGAACCUAAGUGGUGUAAUUUCUCCAGGAUGUUGAUGAAUUAGACACAUUUUAAAAGGACUUUAUGAGUGUAAAGAGAGCCAGUGUGGUGUAGUGGUUAAGGUGUUGGACUAUGACCUGCAAGAUCAGGGUUCGAAUCCCCACACAGCCAUGAAGCUCACUGAGUGACCUUGAGCCAGUCAUUGCCUCUCAGCCUCAGAGGGAGGCAAUGGUAAACCCCCUCUGAAUACUGCUUACCACGAAAACCCUCUUCAUAGGGGCGCCAUAAGUCGGAAUCGACUAAAUGCAGUCCAUGAAUGUAAAAGUGUGAUUUUUGCAAUUUUCACUUGAAAUUGCAGCUUUCAAUUUCAACUGUGGUUGGAUCUUACUUUCAGAGAGAUCCUCUGAACUUUCAGCUCCUGUAACUGCCUCAAACCUUCCCUUUUGCGGGAGUAUGAGGUACCGGAUAGGGGUGAGAUUGAUUCCUUUUGCAUUUCAGCUGCCCUGAAAGAAAAGAAAGUCUCUCGUGCUGUUAGAAAUUAUAAUUUCAUGUUAACUUCUGUCAGAUAUCUGUAGUUUGCUGAAAGUAGCUUUGUGUUUAUCAUUCAGUAAAGUUUGCUAAAUCUU